GGACGCAGACGAGGGCGGUGAUUUUUCUCGGUCGCUCCGGAGGCGUAUUUCUCCGACGCAACCGGUUUUCUUGAGGGCGUUCGGCAACGAGCACGCUCCCCGCCGCCGCGUCGUGAACGUCGUCGACGUCGUCGGUACCGCCGCCGAGCGGCCAGAAUUGUCGCUGUCGCGACACGAAUGGCAGCCGACAUCCGCCGCCGGCUUCCGAUCGACACGUGAGCCGCAGUGCCAAGGACUCUCGGCGAGGCGUAAACACAGUGACCACGGCGGGAACUUUCUACGCGGAUGUCUCGAAGCGGCACUAGCACACACCUUCCCAGGAUGCUGCGGUUACUAGCAUUCUGCCUCGCAGUGGUCGUCGCCAGCAGCCAAAGAUCGUCCACCACCACAGAGCGCUACGAGGAUACCCUCUACAAGUUCCUUGACCUUCUAGAAGAUGAUGACCCUUCACGUGUCCCCGGAGCCCCCGUAUUCCCGGGACCAAGAAACACCUACAGACCGAGCUUACCUCGAGUGCCUCCUCCAGUUCCACCAAGACGCAUAUUCAGGCCAGCCAGACCGAUUCCCCGCGUGUCCUCCCCGUCGUUACCGGGCGGCACAAUCAGAGAUGCCAACGCAUACAUGGACACCAUCGUGCAGCAGAAGAUGCUGCGACUCCUGAAGGCCACUCCGAGGCUGUAUCCUUCGGCAGUGAUUCCGUUCUUCAAGUUUAAGGUGUUGAAGACGGGCUUCACGAACCGGGACUUGAAGGUGAACAUGACCGCGGGCGUAUUCCGCGGGUUCGACACGGGCAUCCGGCGCUUGGGGGACUGCGACAAGCCAACUCACGUGGGCCGCAACACUAGCGUCAGCUGCACGCUCGACUUCAGUGGCAUCACGGCCAGCUUCGUCGCCGUGACAAAAGGAGACGACCUGGCCGGCACCAUCAAGGCCGUCCCGGUGAACGUGGUGGUGCGCACCGGAACGGCCCGCGUCGAGGCGACGGCCGCGCCGGGCAAGGAGGCCAUACUGCGCACGUUCCUCAUCGACUACGUCAGUCUGGACGUCGCCCACGGCGCCAACCUGAGCCUCAACGAGGACCGCGACAGGGGCUUCAAGCAUCACGUGCGGACGAAUGUGGCCAGGGAGUUGGACGCCCUCAUGCACGAAGAGUAUGCGCCCCUCCUGGGGCGAGCCAUCGCCACCACGGAACUGCCAAAGGCCUGACGCAUACGCAAGACUGCCCAGUCGAGAUUGCUCUCGAACGCCACUGAAGCUGGAGUCGCGUGCGUCUAGUGCGUUCGUAUUCGUGAGAAUCUAUUUGUCGGUUCUUCGGUGGAAAAACGCUGAUUAUUAGCAGAGAAGAUUCAGGGCAACUGUCUCCUUCCGAUUUUUGCGCCUGAAAUACAGUAGCGAUGACGUCACUUUGUCCUCGCGGAUUUCCCACUGUUUUAAUCAGCAUAUGUUGCGAAAACUCGUCUUGUGGUGGAGAAGUCCAGAGAAGUCCAGAAAUGUCACCAGGCUGAGUUUUGGUUCACUUCUGAACGCAGUGUAAUACUACGUUACUCAAAUGCAUAUUGGUAAAUCGACGGAGUACAGAAAAGACGCUGCUGGAAGCUAUGACGUCGCGAGGAUUUGCUACAUGAACCUAAAGGUGAUGUUAAAAAGCAUACCACCCCCCCUCCCCCCCUUGUUUUGUUAUAGCGCUCUUUCCAUUCUACAGAGGUCAUGGUACGAAAGACAGACCCAUCCUCGGUUCUGACUGUGUCGGAUCUUUACAUCUAACUUGGUUUGGCAUUUCUCUUCAAUGUCAACUUGAAGCUCACACUUCUAGUUUCGACCAAGACAAUUCGGUUUGAGAUUGUAGUUUUCUGAGACACCCUGCAGUAGGUCUUCGUGUAUCAAAGGAUUAAGUUCCUCAGAAAUGAGCUUCUGAGAGAGACUUUAAGAGAAACUUCAGCGAAUUUCAGUGAACAUUGGGCCAGUCCACCACACCCCAUAAUGUUAAAGAUGCUUCGCGCAAUCAUGUGAUAUAACAAUGUUUGGUCAUGCGAUUCCAGAGAGUGCAUGCUCACGCUGUUACGACAGCAAUGAUUGUUGAAGCUCUCCGCUAUCCAAAGUGGAUCGAGCUGAGCACUGUUUCACGCAUAUGUGUCGUACUAGUCUUUUACUAAUCCUAGAACUGUCAAAGAGUCUGGCUUCACUUGUGUUGUCCUUGAAAUUAAAUGCUCUUUUUUUACUGCUAAAAUCAAAAGCCAUAUUUUGUUUCUCCAUAAUUAUAAUCUCACGUCUGCUCAGCGCGUCUCGGCGAUGGUACGCAGCAUUGCCUAUUCAUGCUGACUAAAUAUGUGAAGGGGCUAGCUUGAUUUUGCGGAGCUCACAGUUUACCCAGCUGUGAUCUGCUUUUGGCACAUUAGCAUUUCUUUUCUUUCUUUUUUACCAACGCGGCAUUUGUCUGUUUCCGUGGCAGGUUUUACUUCUUGAAAGGCGGGACAGUAAGCACAAGUCGAGCGAGUUAAAAGUGUGCACAAAGGCAUUAUUUGAGAGUCUGGUGCUACAUGAAACUGGACCACGUGCAUGAGCUACCAAAUAAAGUCGUUUUGAUCGUUCC